AUGUUCGUUUAUAGCUUUUGUAAUGUAUCUGUUACACUUAAUCCGUUGAUCAGAAAAGCGGGUCACCUAACUCGAUCUCGUAAAAGUGUUUCCCCAGUUAUCAUUCUUUUGUCGUCAUAUUCGUCGUCCGUUCAUGUUCCAAAGUUCUUUUUUUCCCCUCUUACCUUUUCUUGCAUUCACGGCCUCGAUCGAAAUCACUUUUCGACCUCAUUUUCAACUCUAUUCUUAAAUCCAUUGUCAUCUUUUUCAACUAGUAGCAUAUUUCUAUAUCCUAAGAAGUUAAAAAACGAAAAAAGUAAAAAAAAAAGCAAAGAUAACGAAAGACACGUGAUAAAAAAUUUUAUUGAUAUUAAUGAAAUAGGAAAAAGUAGUAAAUGGAAACGUUUGCAAAGAGAGCCCAGUAAAACCUUAGCUCAUAAUAGAGAGAUUGACGAGAGGAAGAAUGGUACUUCCAAUAACGAUAUGGUUUAUAGAGAUUCUAAUGAUCCCAGUAGUAGCGUGAAAAAAAUGAAUCAUCAAAGACUUGAGAGAAACCUUAAUGGCGAAGAGAAAUAUAAAAAAGACAAUAGGUUUAAUACGAAAUCUAUGUUGACACUUGACUUGACGAACGAGGAAAACGAUCAAAGAGAAAAGGCCCUUGAGGAAAAAAGAUUAAUGCGCCGAGAGAAAUCUAGACAAUAUUAUGAGGAUCAUUAUGUGAACGUGGAUUUCAAGUUAUUAGAGAAUUUCCCAGCCUGGUUAAAGGGUUUAUCCGGCCAUCGUUUUGCGCCGCUAUUCAAGAAAAUGAGGUGGCAAGAAAUUAUGACAUUUAGUGAUACUCGGUUAAGAAAUAUGGGAGUUAUAUCGCCAGUACGUAGAAAUAUGUUGAAAGCAUUUAGAAAUGUGAAGGAGGCUUUGAAUAAGCUUGAUGACAAUGAUCCAGUGAAAAUGAGUGUUACAAAGAAAGGAGAGAAAAAGGUUAGACCAUUGUUGAAAGCCGACACCAUAGAACCUUUCGUGGAGUCCAGAAAAAUUAAAGAAAAAAUCGAAAAAGGUGUUCGCAGUUCUGGAAGGACAAUAGAUUCAAGGGAGCUUAUAAAGAAAACAAGAGGCCUUAGGAAUAAUAAAGAUUUCAAUUCUAACGAAUUGGUUGAAUAUUUGAACUGGCACAUUUCACGCGAUGGAUAUGAUAAUAAUGAGGAUUGGAGCUUUGCAAAUGAAAAAAAUUUUGCUCAAUCAAUUCCACUAGACCCUUCGCAACAACAAUUCUGGCAUCAGCAAUUUCUAAAAGUCGAUCUUAAUAAGCUUGAAAUCAUCGAAAAUGGAAAUCUCUUACUUGUCACAAUUUAUCCAAAACUUUCGUUGGUUCUACGUUUCAUCACUAAUGAAUUAUGCAUCAGUUUAAAUAAUGCAACUGAGGAGGUGGUUAUUCCGUUAAACCAAAUUACAAAAUUUAAGGGUCCAUUGAAUCAACGAGAACAGAUCUCAUUUGAUCCAUCUGGUGGAAAACUUGAUGGUGCACAAACAAUAAUAUUUAUGCCAGCUAACUGGGUAGACAAAAAUACAAUAGUUUUUUUCGGUGAAGGAAUAAGGAGAUUGAGGUUUGAUCAGCUUAGAAUGAAUAAUUUUGAGAAAAGAGAGUCAGGAAUAGGUAGCAAUAGUCUUGGGAAAGAAUAUGGUAAAGAUGACGGAAAAGAGCUUUACAUAACAUGUUCUUUUUUGACGAAAACAUUUGCGUUGCAAGUUUCGGAUAGCAUCUCAUUUCAAGAAAUUCUUAACGAUAUUCAGAUGCGUUAUAAAAUUGAAGUAAAUCCUAAUCGCAUCACCUACAAGAAUCAAGUAAAUGAUAUUAUAACUUUAAUUGAUGAAGAAGAUUGGCAAGCUGCUAAAUGGGAGGCAAAAAGAGCCAAAUCAUUUACGAUUUGUAUGUACUUCUCGUAG